GUGCCGCCAUUUGUCCGCGACGAUUGCAACCGACGCGCAGAUUCAGUCGAAGUCCUAGAAAACAAAAUUUUGUUUUCUCUUUUGCUUUGUGUAGAAUACGUGUUUUGUUAGUGAAAGAAAACGCAAUGGCGAAUCCGAAGCCUGAACCUGUAGCGGCGAAAGAGGAAAAUGACGCUGAUGCCCAACACGAACAGCCGGAUAAUCAACAGACCGGUCAACAAAACUUCGGUGGUCCCAAGCGUGGGGGCCACAACAACAGGUUCGGAAAUCGGCGCCCUGGACCAUACCCUCAGCGCGGCGGCGGUCACGGCGGGGACAAUUUCGGUAGACGCAGGGGUGGUGGUGCUGGCCCUCAUGGCGGUCCAGGUCCUCAUGGAGGUCACGGCGGCCAUGGCGGUCCAAAUCAUAACGAUCAGGGACCCAUGGGACCACGUGGACCCAUUGAUAAAAUCAAUGAUAAGCUUUCCAAUAUGGGUGGACCAACAUUUGACUUACCUCCGCUAGAACAAUCCGAGAAGAAAUUUUCCGGGCGAACGCGUUUGUACGUCGGGAAUAUAGGAAAUGAAGUAGAUGAAAGCGAACUGAAAGAAUUGUUUAGUCCGUAUGGCGAGACAAGUGAAUACUUCAUCAACAAAGAAAAGAAUUUUGCAUUUGUUAGGGUGGAUUAUCGUAUCAAUGCCGAAAAGGCUAAAAGGGAACUGGAUGGGAUCCUCUUCAAAGGGAAAAAUUUGAAAAUCCGCUUUGCUCCAAAUGGAUCCACCAUCAAAGUGAAGAAUUUGACGAAUUUCGUUUCAAAUGAGUUGCUGUAUUACGCUUUCUCUGUUUUUGGAGAGGUGGAACGCUCAUACGUCGUCGUCGACGAGCGUGGAAAACCUACUGGUGAAGGCGUCGUUGAAUUCGCCCGCAAAGGGUGCGCUCUGCACGCAGUGCGCAAGUGUUCAGAAGGAUGCUUCUUCUUGACCUCUUCACUUCGUCCCUGUAUUGUCGAGAGUUAUGAACCAAGUGACGAUACAGACGGUUACCCGGAGAAGUAUCUCCCUAAAAAGAAUCCCGAAUACUCCAAACACCGCGAAGUCGGUCCUCGCUUCGCUGGUGUUAGUAGCUUCGAGCACGAGUAUGGAAUGCGUUGGAAGCAACUCCACGAGCUCUACGCUCAGAAAGAACAAGCCAUGAAGAAAGAGUACGAGAUGGAGAAAGAGAAAUUGGAAGCUCAGAUGGAGUUCGCGCGGUAUGAACACGAAACUGAGAUGUUACGUGACCAAUUGCGUGCUCGCGAGAUGGAUAGAGACCGCCAAAAGCACGAAUGGGAGAUGAAGGAAAGAAUGGCUGAAGAGCAGCGUCAGAGGAACGAAGAACAGAUGCGUAGGCAGCAGGAGGAGAUGCAGAAUCGCAUAAUUCACCAAGAAGAGGAGUUGCGCAGACGCCAACAAGAGAAUAACUUGUUCAUGCAAGCCCAUCAAUUGGACAACAUGCUUGAACAACAAGAGCAAGCUUAUGACCAGCCUGCUGGAAUGUACAACAACAUGAAUCAAGAUGGCGACGCUCCAGUUGUGGAACCAAAAGCUUUCAUGAAUUCUUACAAGCGCAACAACCACCGUUUCGAGGGACGUGGUGACAUGGGCCCAACAGGGCCUCGUAAUGGUGGCGGUGGUGGUAGAGGCCACUGGGUCAGCAACGAUAAUCGCCGUGACGAUUUUCCACCUAAAAGGCGACGUUACUAGUUCACUUCACCAUUCUCAAGAAUUUUUUCUUCAAAACAAUGAAUCGAUGACAUAAUUGUCAUUCAGCAAAUUUAAGUCGUUUCAAGUUUUCCUAUGUUUAUCAAUAUGACAAUGUAUGUGCGAAUUUAUGUUCAGUUGUGUUUUUCUCCGCACACUAAAGUCUAGUUUCACAUACUCGUUUUCGUCCUCAUCAAAAAAUUCGGUUCAUCUUACGAAUAGAUGGGUAAGUAGUGGAAGUUUUCGUUUUCGUUCGUUUUUAUGCUCACGCGUUCCGUGUAGUUAAUCGCUCGACGAAAAAUGCCAGAAAAUGUCAGAGCGGACACAAAAUGCUUGCUGCAAGCUUGUUGUCGAAGCGCGUAAGGAUUUUUUGUUUGGUUUGGUGUUUUUGGGGUGUUUUUCGCCGCAAGAAUGUUUUCUGCUUUGAAAACGACACUCGUUAUUCAUCUAUUUUUUGUAUGGGCGGGGAUGGACGGGAUUUUUUGUGUUGAGCGAUUUUUAAUAUAAGACUUCAAACGUAGGUUUUGAGUAAUUUGUCAGUUUUAAUAUGUAGAAUUAAAGCAAAUUUAAAAUAA